AGAUCUGUUCAUCUAACGCAGCUCUAAUGUCCGGCGCCCCGGAUCCCACACAGGGUCUCGGCGCCCUGUCUUCGGCGGCACAAGCAGAUGUGACGUCGCCUCCUCCGUCUACUAGUGGACCUUCCUCGGCCGCUGCUAUCGCUGCUGCAGCUGUGCUACUCCAGCAGCAACAACAACAACAGUCCAGCUAUGCUCAAGGUGGGUUGACAUCAUCACCAGGUGGCGAUGGGAAGAAUGGCAGUGAAGAGGAUGCUAGAGCGAUGGAUGAGGCUUUCAUGAGAUCCCUUACUGUUACACCCGUGCCUCCCGGUGACUACACUGAAGAGGAGAAUAUCUUUUUGGUGGAUCAGAUGACAAAACAUCGUGCCCAACUGAGAGGGAAAUUCGAGGGUAUGGUGAGGACUCGCAACAAGAUCUAUCAGAUGAUAGCAGCUGCGAUGAACAGAAGAUUUCCAAAUGCUCAACCUAAAAGUACACUUGAAAUCAAACGUCGAAUAACCUGUUUGGUCGAACGUGUUCGUCGUGGUGGAGGGGACAAGUAUCCGCCAGACCACUGGCACAAUGUUCUCACUCGGGAGUACCUGAAUUGGCAUCCAACCUCAGUGCCGUCAAGUAUUGACGGCAGUCCGGCUCGGGGGCGGACCUCGACCAGCCGAAGGAGAAGGAGCUCCCGUACGACUCGUGAUUACAACUAUGAUUCGGAAUCGACGUCUUCGGCAGAGCAUGUAUUGGACGGGUCUUGGGUGGACGGCAGAGGUCAUGUCUCGCUCGAGAAGUUGCUCGAUAAGAAAUCUGAGUUGGAGAUAGCCCUAAAGCAGGCGGAAUUGGUGAAGGUGAGGCUUGAGAGAGAACUGUUGGCGAUGGACACGAAGGACGCCUUGGCUGGGGUGCCUCCCGGUGCCGCAGCUGAUGACUGUGGUGACGCGGCAGCUACUUAG